AUGACUAUCACAUUGGACGAUGUCACCACUAUCUUAGGGCUUCCCAUUGUAGGCAAAUCUAUUAGUGUGCGUAAGUUGUCAAAAAGGCGGGCCAUUGCAUUAGUAGUUAAUACUUUGGAAAUUGAUGAGCAUGACGUUAGACAUGAGAUGUGUAGUGCUGGAGGCAAUUCAAUGAGGCUUGAGUGGUUGAGGGCACACUUUCAUAAUGUCAUAGAAAAUAAUUCAAUGGAAAGAAUUGCAUGGGCAGGUAGAGCAUACUUACUAUUUUUGUUAGGUUGUACACUUUUCAGUGACAAGACUUGUACUAGGGUCCCCAUUGUUUAUUUGAGUUUGUUAUCCGAUUUGACGACUGUAUCUUCAUAUGCUUGGGGUGCUGCUGCAUUGGCAUACUUAUAUAGACAAAUGGGGUACGCUAGCAGGUUCAGCGUGAAACAAUUAGCUGGUUACAUGACACUCCUUGAGGGAUGGAUUUAUGAGCACUUUCGUGGAUUCCGACCACACUUGAAUGUGAAUUACACUCGAGACAUACCACAUGUUCACUGUUGGACUUCUCGGAGAGAGUCUGGUGAAGAAACACAGUUGCAAGCUUUUCGAGAGGAGCUUGAUAGGUUGGGUGUACAUGAUGUUAUUUGGGACCCGUACCAGAAUUGCAGUGAUGUCCAUCCGUGUCACCCAGUUACGUUCUACCACGGUUGCCUAAAGUGUUUGGAACGUAUGUCACAGAUAUAUCAGAUUACUCAUCAUUUCGGUAAGGCUGGCUAUGAGGACAGUGUUCAACAUCCUGAUAGGCUUUACUACGCAAUUGAUGCAAUCGAACAACUUCUUCAAGAUCAGCACAUUAUUGAAGCUGCGCCCAGCACAUCCACUCAGGGUCGGUCUGCACCCAGCUCUUCCACUGCACAUCGUUUUGGAGCACAUUACACUCGCCGGUCACGUAGUUAA